AAAGCCAUUGGUCCACACGAUGUGCUUGCUACAUUAUUAAAUAACCUUAAGGUUCAAGAGCGACAAAAUCGAGUGUGUACAACUGUGGCUAUUGCUAUAGUCGCUGAGACAUGUUCCCCAUUUACAGUUCUCCCAGGUCUUAUGAAUGAAUACAGAGUUCCUGAACUGAAUGUCCAAAAUGGAGUUCUGAAGUCCCUUUCUUUCCUUUUUGAAUAUAUUGGUGAAAUGGGGAAAGAUUAUAUAUAUGCUGUCACAUCACUUCUGGAAGAUGCUCUCAUGGACAGAGAUUUAGUGCACAGGCAGACUGCAUGUGCAGCCAUCAAACAUAUGGCCAUUGGCGUUUAUGGUUUUGGUUGCGAAGAUGCACUGAUUCACUUGUUGAAUUAUGUAUGGCCUAAUAUCUUUGAGACAUCACCUCAUCUGGUCCAAGCUUUCAUGGACAGCAUUGAGGGACUCAGGGUGGCCCUUGGACCGCAGAAGAUUCUUCAGUAUGUGUUGCAGGGGCUUUUCCACCCAGCAAGAAAAGUUCGAGAUGUUUAUUGGAAAAUUUACAACAAUUUGUAUAUUGGCGCUCAAGAUGCUCUUGUGGCAGGGUAUCCACGGAUAUUAAAUACAGGCAACAACAUAUACUCCAGGGAUGAGCUUGAUUAUAUCUUGUAGUUGAUUUCUUUGUGAAAUGAUAUUUAGUGAAAAUGUUGGAUUAUUUUCUUACAAAGUUGUUUGUGUCUGUGUUUCGGGAUGGCUGUUUCCUUGUGUACAUGUAUACAUGCACAUUUCUGCACAGUUUUACUCUAUCUCCCACGCACACACACACACACACGCACAUACACGCACAUGCACACGCACACACACACGCACACACACAGACACGCACACUCGCACACACACAGACACGCACACACACACAUACACACAGACACGCACACACACACAUACAAACAGACACGCACACACACAUACACACACACGCACACACACACAUAGAUACUGGCAUGCAUGAAUGCACUCAUGUGUGUACACUUAAUUUUAUUUUAUUCUGUAUAUUAAUAUCAAUGGGUGAUUUUUGGAUCAUAAAAUGACCAUAGUAAAAUUUACAUCACGGCAGUAUUUUGUUUUCUCCACACUUUCAUUUGUACUCAUGGAGUAAGUGCUAAGUAUAGGCUAAUUGUAGCCCUUGUUUAGUCAUGGCACUGGAUCACUGUUGAAGAUGUCCAUUUUCACUUGAAGAUUGUAGGAUUACUUUCAGUUUCACUCACUGAUGCUGAACUUAAGCAUUGUGAUGUCCAUUAUAGUAUACAGAUUAUUUUGAAUGUAAAAUUAUUAAAUGGAGUGAUACCGGCAUUUUACAUGAAACAUUUUUAUAAGUACAAUACAAGUGAAAUUAGUUCUACAAACUUCAUCAAUUAUACUGGUGCAAGAUGAUGCAUCAUUGUCCAUAAUCUGUGCAUAGCAGAAACUGAUUUGUAUGGCAACAGAGUUAUAACCAAGUAGUUCGCAUAUCUUUCUGAAUGUAUACAAUAAGAAUGAUGGUAGUUGAUGGUCCGAAACUUAGUAGAUGCUGUCAAAAAGUACCUGACAUAAUGACCCUUUAGUCAUCAAGAAUUUAAGAGUUCGUAUGCCAUAUAUCAGACCGUUUAAGAAGCUAUGAAGAUUGCCUAACUUUCUACAUAUAAAAAAAAUGUAGGAGAGGAAUGUUUGUAAAGUACAACAAUUCUUUUUCGGGAACUGAUUUGUCUCCCAAGUUGAAAGUGAUGAAUGGUUGUUUCAUGUGUUAGAAAUUUAUGUAUUAUUGUAUUUGACCAAAUAUAUGGAUGAUUAUAAUAAUGUAAACAAAAAGUUUCAUAUUGGCAAAUGACAGCUCAUUAUAAGUUAGCAGAAGUUACCGUUCUCUAGAUCAUGUCAUAAUUUGAUAAUGUAGGAGUCAUAGAUUAAGUUAAUUCCUGUCUAACAAUCCAUCCUGCUUGUACUUUUAGGACCUGUCAUCUUUUGAGAUUUGAUUUUUUAAGUUUAUUUCAAAAAUACCGUUUUGAACACUACUCCCAAUAGAGUGUUGGAAUAAAAUAAUUAUAUUCAUAA